AUGGUGCUGCAGGAGAGCCUGCGCAUGUUCCCCCCCGUCCCCUUCCUGGGCCGCACGUGUCAGCAGGAAGUAAGGCUGGGGCCGUAUGACGUGCAACGGGGUGUGAACGUGCUCAUACCAGUCGCCCUGCUGCACUAUGACCCGCGCUAUUGGGGCCCUCAAUCCCUCCACUUCAACCCCGACCGCUUCGCCAAAGGCACAGAUGAAGCCUGUUCUCACCCUCAGGCGUUCCUACCCUUUGGUUCGGCGGAGGGCGCAGCGAUGGAGCUGGAGGGGCAGUGGCGAGAUCUGGACCGUCUGUUGCUGCGACCAGGGAUGCUCGUCGGGCCUGGAUUCGAACCCUCGCCGGAGAUCCGCGACUUUCUGAAGGAGGACUGCCGAGUGCUGGUAGUGGGGGCGGGCGGGCUGGGCUGCGAGCUGCUAAAGGACCUGGUGCUGUCGGGAUUUGGCAGCAUCGACGUCAUUGACAUGGACACCAUUGAUGUUUCGAAUCUCAACAGACAGUUCUUGUUUCGCAUAGACGUGAUUGACAUGGACACUAUUGAUGUCUCCAACCUCAACAGGCAGUUCCUCUUCCGCCCGGCAGACGUGGACAUGCCCAAGGCGGUGGUGGCAGCAGAGCGAGUGACAAUCAACAAGUCUUUCCCUCCCCUCUCCUCUCCCCUGCAUGCAACCCCCUCGUGCCGCCGCUCUUGCUUCCGUGCAGCCCAGCAGACCCCAGCAGACGUGGGCAAGCCCAAGGCGGUGGUGGCGGCAGAGCGAGUCAUGAGCCGCGUGGGCGGGGUCAAGGUGACCCCUCACUUCUGUCGCAUAGAGGACAAGCCUGCCUCGUUCUUCAACGAUUUCAACAUCAUCGUGCUGGGGCUGGACUCCCUUGAAGCGCGCUCCUACAUCAACAGCCUUGUGUGCGGAUUUCUAGGUGCGCUUGCCCUAGACUUACAUGAAUAG